GGGAUGCUGCAACAACCCGGAUAGUCCAUUCACUUUGGGAAGAUGGAGAGAGGACACCGGAGCUGCGAUGGAUAUUCCUCUUCCAUUUCACAUUUGGGCAAAUAUCCUUUGGCAUUGUAGUUAUGAUCGUUUGUUGCUAACUGUCCAACAUGGGUGAAUCUAACAACGACAGUCUCCCAAUGACACGUCUGGUUGGCCAAGACCUGACAGAUAACUUUUCGGGGGACAUUAAUGACAUGGACUACGAUAUUCCCAUGGAAGAGAUACCUGACACGACUCAAGGUCAUGCCUUUUUUGUUGCUACCAUUGUUAUUGCUGCAGUUCUAGUUUGUAUCAUUUUGGUGUGCGGUGUUGGUAACUGUAUUUUUAUUGCGAAUUUGGCGCGCUACAAAAAACUGCGUAAUCUCACCAAUCUGCUCAUUGCCAAUUUGGCAAUAUCGGAUAUGCUGGUGGCGGUAGUUUGCUGCCCGUUUCUGUUGGAUUACUACGUGGUGAAGCAGCUUUCUUGGGACCAUGGGCAAGUGCUCUGCGCCUCCACCAACUAUUUACGCACGGUGUCUCUGUAUGUGUCUACCAACGCCCUGCUGGCCAUAGCUGUUGACAGGUACAUGGCUAUAGUCCACCCUUUAAGGCCCCGCAUGAAACACCAUACAGCCUACUGUCUGAUCAUGGUAGUGUGGGUAGUCCCAAUCAUCAUCUCUAUACCCUCUGCCUACUUCGCCUCGGAGACGACGUACCUCGCCAGCCGAAACCACAAGAUAUUCUGCGCCCAGAUCUGGCCCGUGGACCAGCAGUUCUACUAUCGCUGCUACUUCCUUUUCAUCUUUGUCGUUGAGUUUGCCGGGCCAGUGGCGGUCAUGGCCACAUGUUACGUCCAGAUCUCCCGGGUGCUCUGGUUCAAGAGCUUGCCGGGUUUCCAGACAGAGCAGAUGCGCGUGAGGCUCCAGAGCCGUCGGAGGGCGGUGGUGGUGUUGAUCCUGGUCCUGGUGGCAUUCAUGGUUUGCUGGUCGCCUUAUUACGUCUUUGCCAUGCUUCGUGACUUCCACCCUACCUUCAUCUCUCGUGACAGGAACUCGCUGGUGGCCUUUUACAUCAUUGAGUGCAUUGCCAUGAGCAAUGGGAUCAUCAACACACUGUGUUUUGUCAGCGUUAGGGACAAUGCUAAAGGCUUGAAGCAGGUGAAUAAGUUGCACUUGAGGUUGAUGUCUCCUGUAGUGAACAAGGCUGUAGUAGAUGGGCGAGAUGUACGCACAUCUCCCCUUCAGGAGACGCAGUUACAGAGGGAACAUGCCUGAGACAGAAAACGAAAAAGUAUGAAAUGUUUGCACUUAAUCUGAAUAGGUUUUGACAAGUAUUUAGCCAUCAGUCCAGUCUUUUUUCUUUGACCUUGCUGUACAGUCAGAUCAGUGAAAGUAUGUAGAAGCAAAAGGAGAGGAACCGGCCCUGCUUUAAAUCGCUUUCACAGUUCUCAAAAGCACAUUAAGGUUCGGUGGAGAUGUAACUUUUGAAGAAACUUCAUAAGUAUAGGAUUUUAAUAAUAUUGAUGUUUGUUCUAGAUGUAAUUCCAGGAAUCUGUGUGUGUGUGUGCCACCAAUUUUACCACAGGCACUAUGCACUAUCUUUAAAGGAAUCUGUUUUGUGUGUUUGUCUGACAUCUUAAUCACUGACUGCAUCAUGGGCACUGUGCACUAUGUAAUUGAAUUUAUCAUUUAAAUUAAGAAACUAAUUAGAUUUUCAACACAUGUAUGGCCCUCAGAGGAAUGCCUCUCUCAAAAGUAAACGUAAGGUAACAGGAUUGA